GCGGAGGGGAAACGACCAUCCUCAGCGACUUGCAGAAGGACCUACCUUUCAAGACGGACUCAGCGGGGAGGUUUGUCGCCGACCCGCAGUGUGUGGUGUACAACUGCAAGGCGGAAGAACCCCUCUUCACAAGCCCCGCAGACAAGAAGGCGUUUGCUUUGUGGCAGGAGGCGCAGUUGCUUGCAGAAAAGGGGGAAACCGAUUCAGCAGCGCAGCUGUUUCGGCUGAUGACGAAGGUUUCCCCAGAGCUAGCCCAUUACUACGGGAUGUGA